AGAGACGUGUCUGUUCUGGGGUCGUCAUACCGAGUUGAUACUCCGGACAGGAAACAUGAAGUUCUUAGCGGUUCUUUUGGGCGCCAUAGCUGCUGCAGCAGCUCUGCCCACUGACCUCUCGGACCCAGUUCUCAUGAAGUUGAGCGGAGAUGCCGAACGAUACCAGCCCAUGCGGGGAGGCGACGGCGUGGUCCACAUGGUGGACACUUGGCUGAAGGUCUCCGACAUUAUGGAGGCUGCCAGGUUCCAGCCUGAUGCUCAGAACGUUUAUCAUCUCUUCACCAGAAACAAUCCCACGGUAAGCCAGCCGCUGCUGCUCGGAGCCGACGGGCUGCUCGGCAGCACCAACUACAACGCCAACCGACGAACCAUCUUCAUCCUCCACGGCUGGACCGACAGCGUGCUUGGCAACGUCAAUUCUGUACUCAUUCCAGCUUUCUUGGCCGCCGAGGACCUGAACGUAAUCUCCGUGGACUGGAGCGUGGGGGCCGGCACCAUCAACUACCUCGCAGCCGUCACCAACACUGUCACUUCAGGUGAAAGCGUCGCCCGGUUCGUGAACUGGCUGAUGGCUUCCACGGGUACCACUCCUGAGCAGAUCCACAUCAUUGGACACUCUCUGGGUGGACACCAGUCUGGAAUCGUCGGCAGGAACCUCAACGGCAAGGCCGCCUAUAUUACUGCUCUGGACCCGGCCCUUCCCGGCUGGAUAAGCAACGAGAACCGGUUCCAGGCGAACGACGGCGCCUACACCGAGGUGAUCCACACCAACGCGGGCCUGCUCGGCUACAUAGCCACCCUGGGUCAGGUGGACUUCUACCCCAACGGGGGUAUUAACAUGCCUGGGUGCAGCGAGCCUACUUGCGACCAUGACAGAUGCUUCCACUACUUCGCUGAGUCUCUCUCUACUGGAGGCUUCACUGGCACCAGGUGCGCCACUUACGCUGGAGCUAUGACCGGCACCUGCGUGCUGUGGGGAAGCCUGCAAAUGGGAGGGUUGAGGCCUAAGACUGGAUCUUCGGGCAUCUACUACCUGCAGACCAACAAUGCCCCGCCUUUCUCUCGAGGCUAA